AUGGAUGACACAAAAGCGAUAAUAGAAAAGUUACGUAGUGACUUUUGUCCUCCAAUUGACGAACCUGCCUUUUAUGCGAUCUGUUUGGAUUACGAUUUGGGGAACCAGGAAGCCCUCGGUACUUGCCUCGAAAAUCUUGAGAUCAUAAAAGCGGCUGCAUUAGAAGCGGAUACCAGGGCCUUCGAUGCGUCGGGAACAGGAGGCUUCGUAGCUAGAGAUUUAGAAACAUCUGUUGAAUCGGCGUCCAGUUGCAAUGGCACUCUCUCAGGAUCCCAGGAAGUCGAGAGUAUCACAACAGGACUGAGCGAUCUUGCAUGGGACGACGAUUCUGCUGAAGGUCGAGAUUUGGAUGAUGCGGGCGACGAAGCCAAGGUCGCAUGGCUGAGGGCUAUGUUUCCCAACAUUACUGAGCAGAACGUAUGCUAUCGACUACAGAAGUGUCACGGGAAUCUUACAAGGACGAUUGAUGAAUUGCUGAAUCUAUCGUUCAUCGACCAAAGCGAGCCGGAAGGACAGUCAACAAUCCCCAAAGGGAUUGAUGGCUUCACACAAGUCGAAGAUCAUGGUCGUGGUCGAAAGGGAAAGGCAAAACGGCGGUUGCGCACAAGUGACUCUACUAGAUCAAACUCUACUACAUCGAUGUAUGCCGGAGCACAACACGAGCCCUACAACGUGUGGGCAUCAAUGGCUGACGACGUUGAGUUUAUCCGUGCGCGGAGCGUGCUUCGCACUCAAUAUGUCAGGUCAAUAUACCACGCUCAAAACAAGUCGCUAGCUCGCACAAUCAGCUUACUGGCCUCUCAAGAGGGCGCAAACUUUAGCUCUGCAGAGACUUCGAGCUCUGUCGGAAAAGCUCAAUUUGCAGAAUUACGCACCGAAUUUCCUUCAAUACCAGAGUCGCAGCUCUAUGGCCUCCUCGUCAUGUCGGGCAACAAGACUUCCGCAGCUCAGGAGCUUGCUGGUGCAAUGAUCACAGCGCCAAUGGAGAUAUCUGCUAGCCAAUCCCCAAUUAUCGCCAAAUAUGCGCCUGUCGACUUGACUUCUGAUAUUGAGUCAAGUAAAACCCCGUCGUCAACGCCAUGGAAUCAGGUGAGCUACUUGAAAGCCGAGAGCCUUGCAGCGGCCAAAGCAGCUGCUGGAAACACUGCCUUCUUGCAGGCAAGCAACGCUUACCGGCGAGGAAAGUCAGACCACUUAAUCGGGGGUGCCGCAGCAUACUAUGCUGAUGUUGCGCAUGAGAACGUCAGGGCGGCAAAAGAACUGAGUGCAUACGCCGCAGACAGUCUUGUUAUGUCCCAGUCAACCUCGUGUAUGCUGGAUCUGCAUGGAGUCAGUGUAGCCGAUGCAGUCCGGAUCGCGAAAAAGCAGGUAGCCAUUUGGUGGGAUAAUUUGGGUGAUACCAAGUACGCCAGUGGGGGGGGAGGUCCGGUAAGAGAAGGUUAUCGAGUAGUCACAGGCAUAGGUCGGCAUAGCAGAGAUGGGACCCCAAGAAUCGGUCCAGCAGUCAGUCGUAUGCUUGUCAAAGAAGGUUGGAAAGUUACUGUGGGUCAAGGGGAGAUUUUGAUUACUGGCAAAGCGAGGCGUUCAUAG